AAAGCCCUCUACACUUCCCCAAUGGCUGCUCCAUCCGGGCUAUGAGCCGCCGUUGCAGUUCACGUCGAUCCCCGCGGGGUGGCAAAAGUUUGGAGCAUCCUGUCUGGUAUUUUACAGACUUAAUAUAAUGUGUGAUUUAGCUAGAUAACACAAAUAUAACGAAUCAAUUCAACUGAUAAACAUUUAAAAAGUUUACUGUUCCUUUUACUGACACCGCAAUCUCUGUGGGUGUUAACAACGCCGAGGGGGGAAGUUAGGCCUAUCAGCAGACUGUGCUUGUUUUUCUACAGGGACCUUAAGAUCUGAUAGUGUUUAGUUAAGGGCAGUGCUCAUGUGAGACUUACUGGAAUGUGAUAGAUGAAACUAGCUUCAAUAAGGGCACAAUAAAUGCAAAUAUCAGUCAAACCCCUCGUGGUUACAGUCCACCCUGCAUCCAGCUAUUUUGGGGCAGGCGACCCCACUGAGAGAUGUAACGUUAGGCUACUUUGUAAAGGAUUUGUGUUGGGCAUCCGACUGUCAUGACAAAUAAACUGUAGUCAGGGUGUGAGUUUCCCAGUGCCAUGCAUGUAGCACAUAGCAGGAUUCAUGACUAGCAAUUUAACAUGAACUGGUUAAGUUCUGGCCUGCCAAUAGGUUACAGUAGUUAUUACUCUCUUUCACCACCAGGAGGUAGCAAUGAUGCACCCACAGCCACCUAAACUCUGUCAAAGGUCAAACCUAUAUCCCACUGUUUAUAGCUCUUAAUUUUCACAAGCAAAUCUGACAGUAUAAAGUGCCAAUAAUUUCCAGUCUUGUUUAAAACAUUUGGUCAACAAUGAAACUUCCAAGUAUUAUAAUUAUUGUAGAAAGAAAUGUCAUGAUUUAAGUCUUCAUAAAGCUUUUGACACACACAACAAAUCGCACAAAUAGGGAUAAAAGGAUACACCCUUAAGCUAGUAUUAUAGCUUAUUGUUCUUCUAAGGAACACAGCUUAUUAUUUUAUGUUUUUAGUAACUCCUUUAUCAAUCUGACAAAGGCGCUUGAGGACACACACCCCCAAUAGAGAACAUAGGAGUCAAUACUUAUAAGAUAUACAUGGAAAAAGAGCCACUUUAGUGUUACUGUAAUACUUUGAAAGGUCAAGUUUUCUUUCUUAUAUGAGAUGAAGUUUGUGGGUGUUUUUUGAAAUCUGGCGUGUCCCUGAUGAACAAGCACCACAGUGCUUUGUGUAUUCUAGAGCUAUAGGUUAAAAUGGUUUUCUGGUAUUCAGUUGUAAGCUUUUCGGUUGUAAGAAGUGUCCUUCUUGUCCGCAAUGGUAUUUUUUAAUACCUCCGUAAUACUCCUUUUAUAGUCAUAAUAGCUGUAAGGGUAUGCUUCUGAAAUGCUCUACAUGGUUUUUCCUAAGAGGCGGAGCAACAUGGCAUGUUCAGGCUUUCAUUCAUUCAAGGAUCAAUGAGCAUACAUUCUGGCAUUUGGUGGCUUUUCUGGAAAGCCGUCUCCUGUAGGCCGCUGUGCAGGCCCCCACAGCUGAUCAUAUUAUUUCAGCUGGUGUGUUGCACUCACCUUCAGUGCGCGCUCCACUAUGGACCGCAAAAGGGAUGACUGGCAGAGGACAAGAGAAAGGAAGACCUACGUGCCACAGAAUGACGGAUGACAGGAGUACUAUGCUGCACAUCCUCGAGGAGCCUCAGAUGCGACGAGAAGGGGAGAGGAUUCGAACUUUUCAGAAUUGGCCAGCAGAUGCACCUGUCACAUCUGGAGACCUGGCCAAGGCGGGCUUCUUCUUUCUAGGCCCCGGGGAUAAAGUCCAAUGUUUCUGCUGUGGAGGGAUUUUAAGAUGUUGGGUGCACGGGGACAGCCCAGCCAUCGAGCACAAGAGGCAUUUCCCCACUUGCGGUUUCAUACUGGGCCGAGCUGUGGGAAAUAUUCCACUCCAAGUUGGAUCCUCCGACUCUGUGGACGGCCAGCUGUUGAGUCAACUCCAGAGAAUGACUAUGGAUGACCAGGGCACAGCUGGACAAGCGGUCUACCCAGAGAUGGAGGCGGAGGAUUCCCGGCUCACCACUUUCCACAACUGGCCGACAGAGGCCUCAGUCCAGCCAGAUGUUCUCUCCAGAGCGGGAUUUUUCUACACAGGUCACGGUGACAAUGUCAAAUGCUUCUACUGUGAUGGAGGGCUGAGGAACUGGGAGCCAGGAGACGACCCCUGGCAGGAGCACGCCAAGUGGUUUCCACGAUGUGAGUUUUUGAUCCAGUCAAGAGGGCAGGAGUAUAUCAGCAACAUUCAGGAUGCUCAUUUCCAUCUGGGUGAGACUAUGGGUGGAUCACAGACCUCCACAGGCAGAGAUAUCGGAUCCAGAAAUGAUAUGGUGGGAGGUCUGGGAGCUUCCUCUGUGAUGCUUUCUCCCGUGGUGCAGACCGUGCUGCAGAUGGGCUUUGAAGCCAGCCUGGUGGAGAGUCUUGUCCAGACCAAGUACCUUUUGACAGGCCAGCACUACACUUCUGUAUCCGACCUGGUCACUGAUGUACUGCAGGCGGAGCAAGAGGACAGACAGAGGGGGCCACAGAGCAGAGAGCCAGAGAUGAGGCAGGGCUCCAGUGCUGGAAAUGUGAGGACACAAACACCAGUCAGAGAGAAAGUGAAGGAUCCCAGUCCAGAGGAGCUGCUGAGGCAGCUGCAAGAGGAGAGGACCUGUAAGGUGUGCAUGGACAAACUGGUGUCCAUCGUCUUCAUCCCCUGUGGUCAUCUGGUGGUGUGUGGCGAUUGCGCUGCCAGCCUGCGUCACUGCCCCAUUUGCAGAGCCGUCAUUAGAGGCAGUGUUCGCGCUUUCAUGUCCUAAGGCUGAAGUGAGAAGGCGCUGCUACACAGGUGGUGCAUGAGUGACCUUGGGUUUCCUCGGUACUCAUUUUCCCCUGUACUGAUAAAAAAAUAGAUGAUUGCUGGUGGCUUGAUUUGUCAGAGUUUACCGCUCAUUUCCUAUAAUAAACAUUUUAAGCUUUUCAA